CUCAGGAUUACCUCACACGUCCCAGCCGGCUUCCCCGCCCCGUUGGCUGGGGGCCGGCCCUCAGCCCUGGAAGCCCCUUUUCCCCACAGGCCCGGGAACCCAGGGGCCGACAUGGGUCUUCCCCUCGCUGUCAGCUGAGCCGGGACACUGGCUGCCCGCUCGGAGACCAUGGAGAGGGGCGGCCGCCUGAACUCAGGCUCCUUUCUUCGGGGGUGGUAGACGGCAGCCAGAGGGCCCUCCGAGGAAGGGCCAGGCAGGCACGUGGAGCCUCCGGGAGCUCGAGUUCCCCGUGCCUCUGCUCGUGCCUUCGCGGGAAGACCGCCUGCACUCCCACUCCCCUGCGGGUCUCCUUUUCUGCUGCACUCCACGGUCUCUGUGCUUUGCUGAGCAGGUACCAGCGGGCCCAAGUUCUCCUGGCAGGAGGGCCAGAAGCGGCUGCCACUCAUCGGGUGCAUCUCCUCUUCAUCACCCUUGUGGUCUCGCUCAUCGUUCUCUUCCACUUCUGGCGGGGCCACACGGGGAUCAAGUACAAGGAGCCGGUGGAGAGCUGCCCCAGCCACACCGUUCGCUGUGAUGGGGUGGUGGACUGCAAGCUGCAGAGUGACGAGCUGGGCUGUGUGAGGUUUGACUGGGACUCAUCUUUGCUGAAAGUCUACUCUGGCUCCUCCCACCAGUGGCUGCCCGUCUGCAGCCACAGCUGGAACAACUCCUUCUCCGAAAAGACCUGUCGGCAGCUGGGUUUCAAGAGCUCACGUCCACCCUGCCUGCCUCCCCAUGCAUGGACAGACCUUCAGUCUCAAUGAGACCUGCUGGAUCACAGGCUUUGGCAAGACCAAGGAGACAGACGAGAAGACAUCCCCGUUCCUCCGGGAGGUGCAGGUCAACCUCAUCGACUUCAGGAAGUGCAAUGACUACCUGGUCUACGACAGCUACCUCACCCCGAGGAUGAUGUGCGCUGGGGACCUGCGUGGGGGCAGAGACUCCUGCCAGGGAGACAGCGGGGGGCCUCUUGUCUGCCAGCAAAACAACCGCUGGUACCUGGCAGGUGUCACCAGUUGGGGCACAGGCUGUGGCCAGAGAAACAAGCCCGGUGUGUACACCAAAGUGACAGAAGCCCUCUCCUGGAUUUACAGCAAGAUGGAGAGUGAGACGCGCUUCCGGAAAUCCUAACCAGUGUCCUGCCCGCCACCCCCCUACUCACAGCACUGGCUGCUGGGAAGACUCCGGCCCAAGGGCCCUGGCCAUUUGCAACGUCUUCUGGACACCUGCGUUACUCCCCCCUCCACCAUGUGCUGCUGUGUGUGAGUGUGAGCAAGUCUGAGUGCGAGUGUGUGCACAUGUGUGUGUUGCUGCUCUUCCAAGUUCUACAGGAACCGGGAGAGCUGUUGCUCCCCCCAGAAUCCCAGGCAUUUUCUGCAGAUGAGGGUCUGGGUACCAUGAUGUUCCCACAGAAGUGUCCACAGACAAACAGAGAGUCCAGAGAAGGGCCGGAAGGUGACAUCGGCAGUUCCUGCUCCUCUGACCCUGACUAAGGGGCCAGCCCAGAGUGGGCAUCACCCCUGCAGCGCUGGUGACACUGUUGCUGUCCCAGAACAGAUGAGGGGCUUUGUUGGAGCGCCGGCUUCAUGGUGCCUGGACUGUGCUUAGCAGGAGGCCCUCAGUGUUGUGAGCACAGCGCCCCCGCCCAGCCGUGGUCCAGAGCCAGGCGGCGCUGUGGCCCACCACGCUGUCAACCGUGAACAGGGCCCAUGGUACCUGUUUGGUCACAAACUGCUGGCACAGGGUUUAUUUUAUUUUUAUAUUUAAGAAAUGCAAACAUGUAUUUUUGAAGCGUCUCCAAAAUCAGUCGCCCCAAGAACUCUAUGGGACUCAUACGACUUGUGCCCUUCCGCAGCCCUACAAAAUGUUGCUGGCUUCGAGGAGCGGGCUGAAGGGACUAGAGGAGUCCCCCUGCUGGAGAGCCAAAGUCGGCCUCUGUGAGACACUCGGGGAAGCAAACCCGCGUCUGGGCGGCCGGCAGACCCAGCCCAGGGAGAGCGGCUCUUCUGCAUGCCAGGGCUGCAGGCUGCUCCUGUGCAGGCCCCCAGGAGCCCCGGGAAGUCCAGGUGGACAGCUCCCUCGUGCCCGGGGCCAUCCUGGGACAUGGGGGUCUCUCUCAGCUUUCUCCGUCUUACGCUUUCUUAGCUAUUCCAGAAACAUGACCCUGCCAUGGCCCCUGCCGUGGAGAGAAAGCUGAGCACUGAGGCUCAGAGUCAGUGCUCCUCCCGCCAGCCGUCAGUGUGGCUGGCCUCCUCGCCACGGAGGGUGGGCACCUUCCUGGCCUUUUGUCCGGGGGUGCCCAUACCUCCCUAGCCCCACUCUACUCCCUCUCUGUGGGUGUCUGGGCUCAGGCACUGCCUCAGAUGGGACUGGGAACAUUGACGAUUGUCACCAAGGCCAGGGAGGGGGCAACACUCAUGUCGCGACAGUCCCCCAGUAAUGGUCUUCUGCAAUAAAAUUGUGGGACCUGAAGAA